UUUAAAAAACAUGAAACAUCACCUAGAUUCGUGUUGUGUUUUCACAAGACAUCGCGGGAGUCGGCCGUCCUGAAAUAACAUGGAUUUGCAGCGACAAUGCGCGCGCGCCGCGGCGCUGCCGUCGCCUCGCUCGACGCCAUUUUCAGUGUCCCCGAGCUUUCCCGCAACGCAGAUCCCAAGCAUCCCCCGCGGCGUAUCGAGUGGAAGAGUCGAGUCGGCCUGGCGUGCCCUUCGCACGUGCUGGCACUGCCUGCAUGUCGCUGACCUAGCUCAUUACGCGCUCACACGUCAUUAGAACAAAAGCUGCAUUCUGAUGACAAUUCUGCAAAAGUCAACACAGAAAGCGGAGGCCAUGACCGGGAUCCCAGCUAAGGACGGCGGCGCCGAGAAGACACUGAGACCUGUGCGGAACCGCAGGUACACGAGGAGGAGUUUAGUAGCUGGGCAGCGUCCUCAGAAGAGGCUGUUCACUCCUGAAAUAAAGCGUUACCUGAAAGACUGGCUGGUGCGGCGGAGAGAGAACCCCUACCCGAACCGGGAAGAGAAGAAGUGUCUGGCGCACGAGACCGGACUCACCUACAUUCAGAUAUGCAACUGGUUCGCCAACUGGCGGCGGAAGCUGAAAAACGUCAACGAGGAGAGAAACCAGCAGACAUGGGGCCACCUGAUCCGCACCUACAACCACCGCGCGCAGGGCAACGUGGAGCAGUUCAGCAUCUGCUCCGAAGACAGCAUCUGGAGCGAGCACGGAGCCCCCAGCCUGGACGACGUCGACACUGGCUCCCCGGGCAGCCCCGGACCACUUGAUGAGGACUUCCAGGAGUCAGACUCCUCAAGCAAGAAGGAAAACCAGGUGGUUAAUAACAAUAACGAGGAAUCCGGGGCUAAGCUGACGAGUCCGCUGCUUCUUAGCAAAUGGCUGGAGAGUGCGGCGAGGUUCCAGCCGAGUGAGACGAACUACUCGUGGUGGGCAGAGGGGAGAAAGAAGGCAGCGCCGCGGGUGCGGGAGGGGGCGCGCGGGGGGGCGUGGAGCCGCCACGGCCGGGAUGAAGUAGAGGCGGCGGUCGCGCUCACCGCGCUCGCCUCCGCCGCCGCCUGCCGCGUCGCUGCACCCUGAUUGCUCACGCGGUGGUCCAAAAAUAUACCUCGGUAAAUACAUGUAAUACCUAAGCGAGUAGCCUGUAUCCUACCACAGCGAGUUUAAUCAGGAAAGAUAGGUAGGUAGGAUAGGAUAUGUUUAAUUUGAAAGGUAGGUAGAUUUAUAAAGAAAACUUACCAGAUGUGCUUCAUUUCAUGUCAUAUUCAUCAGUAGUUGAUCUUGGUCACUAUCUAGUCAAGAAUCGCGAUUUCAUACCAAAGUGCUAAAGAUAUCUAAAAUAUGUCUACAAAUUGACUGUACAUAUAUUAUUUUAAGAGUAAAACUAGUUUUAAUACAAUUUUAAAUGCAAAACUACUUAAAUGCAUGCAUAAUAUUGUGAUUUCAAUGCUCAAUGUAAUAAAAUGAACUGAUGUGCCUUAUACAUAAUAUACCUACUCUGUAUUAUAGUUGUUUGAUCUCGUGAAUAGUUUAUAGGUCUUUAAAAGAUUUUGUGAUUGUUUGGAAGAGUAAAAUAUAACAAUAUGAACAUAUGUUAUUGCUUUGAUAAGUAAAUAGGAUACUCUAAUAUUAUAAUAAUAUGAAUAAAUACUUGUUACAUUUUA